GAGAUGCAAUGGCGGCCUCCGUGCUGCGUCUGGGAAUUCCUGGAAGACGCUGGGCUUUAGCGUGGAUUGACGGCGGUUCCCGCCACCGAAGUGGGACUCAGCGUGGGCCCACGUCCAACCGGGCUAGGGGACAGAGUUCAGUGGCUCAGCUUUCCCUCCGCACGGCUCAGAAGCCGAGGAAAGGUGAACACAAAUGGGCAGCUGUGGUAGGACUGGAAAUUCAUGCUCAGAUUUGCUCCAACUCUAAGCUCUUCUCUGGAGCGCAAGUGUGCUUUGCAGCACCCCCAAAUUCUUUGGUUUCUUUUUUUGAUGCAUCUCUGCCUGGAACUUUGCCGGUUCUCAACAGGAGGUGUGUGGAAGCUGCGGUGAUGACCGGCUUGGCGCUGAACUGCCACAUCAACAGGAAGUCCUUGUUUGACAGGAAGCACUACUUCUACUCAGACCUUCCUGCGGGUUACCAGAUCACCCAGCAGAGGCUCCCGAUUGCUACCAAUGGACACUUGACGUACAGCAUCUACAUAAGGAAGAAACAGAGUCAGGUGACCACCAAGACAGUGAGGAUCAAACAGAUCCAGCUGGAGCAGGACAGUGGCAAAAGCCUCCACGAUGACCUGAGGUCCCAGACUCUCAUUGAUUUGAAUCGAGCCGGAGUUGGCCUGCUCGAAGUGGUCCUGGAGCCUGACCUGUGCUGUGGGGAAGAGGCAGCCGUGGCUGUCAGGGAACUGCAGCUGAUCCUUCAAGCCCUGGGGACCAGCCAGGCGAACAUGGCAGAGGGUCAGCUGAGAGUAGACGCCAAUAUAUCCGUACAUCACCCCGGGGAACCUCUGGGCGUCCGGACAGAAGUGAAGAAUCUCAACAGCCUCAGAUUCUUGGCCAGAGCCAUAGACUAUGAAAUUCAGAGACAAAUCACUGAACUUGAGAAUGGAGGUGAAGUUCUAAAUGAAACUCGUUCCUUUGAUUAUAAGCUGGGGUGCACCGUGCCAAUGAGAGACAAAGAAGGCAAACAAGACUACAGGUUUAUGCCAGAGCCCAACCUGCCUCCCUUAGUGCUCUACGACGCCACAUCGCUGCCUUCAGAUGCAGACUCUCAGCAGGUGAUCAAUAUUGACCAGCUUCGGGACAUGCUCCCGGAGCUCCCCAGUGCAACCAGAGAGAGGCUUGUCCAGCAGUAUGGGAUGCUGCCAGAGCACAGCUUCACAUUGCUGAAUGAAGUUGGCCUCCUGGAGUUCUUCCAAAAUGUGAUAAAAGAAACUAGGGCAGAGCCAAAAAAGGUGACUAACUGGGUCCUGAACACUUUCCUGUACUAUUUAAAGCAACAGAAUCUUGCAGUCAGUGAGAGUCCUGUCACACCUGGUGCGCUGGCCGAACUCCUGGACCUGCUGGACAGUAAAGCGGUUUCCUCAGCAGCAGCUAAACAGGUGUUUGAGGAGCUGUGGAAGGGCCAGGGGAAGACAGCAGCACAGAUCGUGUCAGAACAACAGCUGGAACUGAUGCAGGACCGCGAGGCCCUGGAACAGCUCUGCCAGGCCACCAUAGAUGGACACCCCCAAACGGUGAUGGAUGUGAAGAAAAGGAACCCCAAAGCUAUAAAUAAGCUGAUUGGGUUGGUCCGGAAAGCAAGUCUAAGCCGAGCAGAUCCAGCUCUGAUAAAGGAAAUAUUGGAGAAGAAGCUGUCAUUGUGAGACGUGGUGAGGUCCCUCUACCCGAGGGAGGACAGUGUGGCCCUGAGAACAGGAGCCCAUGAAAGCCGCUGUUGGUGUGGGUACAGUUUGUGUCUCUCAGUUCCUGGACGCCUGUGUGUGUCCUCUGAGACCCAGUGGCCUGGGAGGGAGCUGGAAGAAAUGGUUCUGUGAUGGCGGCAGCAGUGACUGAAGGAGGAACUUGGUCUGCUGUGAAGUAGACCUCACAAUAAAGCUGUCUCAGCCGCAGAGGCCAGUGAAGGCUUCCCAGGAGUCAAGCACUGAAGGCCGGCAGACAGACGGCUGGGUGGAUACAGUGUGUGUGCAGACCUGAAAGUGGUCUUGUGGAGAGGAAACCACAGCAGAACAAACAGACGCCGCGUAACGCUGCUCAGGCACGAGGUGGGAAGGUGGGUGUUGGUGCCCGCUCACCUGGGCGAGUGCAGGCCCUGCUGCACUGUUAGCUCCCAGUGAACUAAAGCGACACAGACGUCUUCAGAUAAAUUUAAUGAACAAAGUAUAUGCUGAAAUAGCACAUAAAAAUUAACUUCCACUCUAGAGACUGUAUAGUUUACAACGCGAUGCUUUAGGCCCAAAAAAAGAUCAGAAGAGAGAUCUGAAACAUUAAGUUUUUUACCUCGAAAGAAUAAGAUUAUAAACUAAUAAAUCAUAAUCUUGACCUUUAACUCUUGAAGUACAGCUGACAGUGGUGAUGAAGGCCCAUUGCUUCUACCCUAUUCCUCCCUCUCUGGAGUCUGGGCGCCCUGUUUCUUACAUGUCUGGUACCCCAGAACUCCACCCCCCUUCUAAUGACUAGUUUUUCAAAUGUUUUUAGAACUACUUGUCAAACUGACAGCAAAGUGGUGGUGAACCUUGGGAUUCUCUAACUUGGUAAGAUCAUUGCUGGGGGCCAUCAUCCAGGGGCAGCCGAGGAACAGGGGAGAACAGCAGAGUGAUGGCUUCACGACGGAGGAGUGAAGGAAAGUGACCCCUUGCCCAGCCAAAAGCUGAGAUUGAGUGGACACCAAUUCUGUGGCUUGUUUCUGACAAGCAGGAGAUGAAGUUUAGAAUGUUACUCACCCAGGAAGCCAUGUGCCCCACAUUGUGUUGCCCUGAUCCUGGCUGUUAAAGUGCUUUCUGCUAACCUCCCUGUAAGAGAGAAAUGGGACCCCUGUCGCUCUCCAAGUCUGAGUUCCCGUGGCCAGAACGCUCAGAUCUGAAUCCGGCCGAACCUUUAUUUCAUAAAGAACGUAAGGUUCAGUCUUACAACUUCCAUUUUUACCAAAGGUUCUGCCUUGAUCAUCAACCCUUGCAGGAAACAGUGAUGAAGCUGACGUCCUGGGCUCACUUCGAUGGGUGGUAGGUAGAAGUAGUUUCCAAAAACGAUUUUGUCAACUGAAAAGUACACGGAGUGAGUAUUCCCGGAGGAAACGCCAUCUAGCUCUGACAACCGCCACGUCCCCUUGUUGUCUUUAACCCAAACCAGGCUUUAAGAGGUCACGCACAGCACAGCUACCAAGGAAAAGCCAAGGCCAGCUCUGCCUGGAACCUGACGAGGACUUUCCUUUCUUGCACAGGCGUGAGUGUAGUCUGGACUAGUUAGGGGAAAUCUCAUUAAAAUAUAUGAAUUGGCACCAUAGCCGAGGCUACUGCUAUCUGUCAGUGGAACCCACACACCUGCAGCUGGAUGUGUGACU